UGAUGGAAAUCGGUGACCUUAGUAAGGAAGAAUCAAUGGAAUACCUGACUAAAAAGCGCAAGAUCAACGAAAUAGAAGCGAAAAAUUUAUAUGAAUUGGUUGGUGGUCGUAUUGUAGAGUUGAAAACUGUGGCAGAUGAUUUUGUGGCUGGACAAUCCUUCGAAAUCAUUAAACAGCAAAUCUUAACUAAAGUCGAGAAGAAAUUCCAAUCUGCACAACUCCUCGAAAAACAAUCACAUCAUGAAGUAGGAAAGGAAACAAUCAGAGCUUUAUUAGACUUUAAAGAGUUGAGCUUUGUUACGUUUAUGAAAAUUUUCAAUAAUUAUGAAGAAGCCAGUAAAGUAUUGGAGGCCAAUGUAUUUGCAUAUCAUCCAGAAAAAAACACCGUGACCUUUCAGUCUCAAUCGGUGAAAUACUAUAUUCAAGAAAAUGCUAAUAUAUUCAUUAAAUAG